AUGAUCAAGCACGGGAUUAUUUUACUGCUAUUGCUUGUAUUGCCAGGAUGGCAAGAGGCCUUGGGAUCAGUAUCUGUCAGAACAGUAGAAGUAGAUAUAGGACAAAAUUUAACGAUUGCUUGUACUGACGAAAAUGUAUCACGGCAUCCUGGUAAUUACACCAACGUCAUGUGGGUUCGGGAAGGAAGAAAAGACGGGCAGGUACGGAGAAUGAAAAUAGGAUCAAACAAGGCACUUGAGUUGGUAAAUGUUAGUCUCGAUGACGCUGGUAAUUAUUUUUGCACACUUGAUAACGAUGCCAAUGCUGUUAAAACACGAAUUAAUAUUCAAGUAAAAACACCUCCACCAGCACUUCACAAUGUUUGGGUUAAACCAUCUACAAUACUCGCUAACAUUCUGUGGGAAGUAGCAGGUACUGGUGGUUAUCCUAUUAUUGAUUUCACUGCCGAAUAUCGUCUGAAACCAGGUGUAGGUGAGGAACCUGAAGACUGGAAGCCCAUUAUGCCGACGCACAUACCUCCUAACUCUAGACAGAUUGAUGUUUAUCAUUUGGAGCCAAACACAACGUAUUUGUUUCGCGUAUGGGCAACAAAUAAACUCGGGCGUGGUGACAUUGUUGAAGUUGAAGGUCAUACUCAUCACACUAUCGAAGAAUUAGAGCUGGCGAAACAUCUGUUAGCCGGCGUGGAAAAUUUUGAUACACGAAUCUGGGUAGCGGCGGUAGGAAUUGUUAUGGGAACUCUAAUGGUCCUUGGUUUAGGUACAUGCUACCUUCUGUAUCGUGAGUGCAAGGCACCCUCGCAGCUGGAGGAUCAGGAAGUGAUUGAGUUGGUACCAAAUAUUAUUUUAAAUCCGGGAUUUUUUGACGAGAGAUCCGAACGACAGCAUCAGCAGCAACAUCAGGACGAAAAUUUCAACAAUCAGACAACCACACGACUGAACAACAACAGUGUAAUAUUACCGAGACGACUUUAG